GGCCUUGAACUGUCACAUUUUAGAGACAUUUGCUGUAGACUGGUUAAAACUACAAGUGUAUAUAAAUGAUAUGUUGUAAUACUUGGAUGAGGAAGUGCCAUGCAGAUUGUCCAAUUAGCCUGCUGAAGCCAUACACACUCCUAGUUCUGAUGGGGGAUUCAGUACACAGACGCUCCACAUUGGUCUCUAGAUUGCCAAUAUUUAGAAGGUCCACUGUAAAAAGACAGGACACCCUGCCAAGCUCACCCUCAUCAAGCAAUGGUAAUGGACUGCACACCUCAUCUCCAUCAAGUACUAAUUCCAGCUCGAGCAGUGCAGGAAAGCGGAGGAGCAUAUUCCGAACACCUUCCCUUGCAUUUCACAGUAAGAAGGGGACUGACCAGAAAUCAGAGUCCAGAGAUCAGAACAGUGGUGUCUCUAAUGGUACUCACUCUACAGAAAGCAGUUUACAAAAGCUGGAACUCGAGGAAAAUUGUAAAAACCGCAGCAGGCAUUCUUUUGGAUUUUCAGGAUCACGCAGCAAAAAGAUCACCAGAUCUGCGACAGAGGAUUUUGAAAAGGAGAAAGAACAUUCAGGCAGCAGAAGUGUAUUUAUCAACUGUUUAAGUUCAGGAAAGCAUGAGAAUGAUGAUUCAGGCUUCACUGAGGAGAACAAUAAGCGUUCUGCCAAAACGUCUAGUAGGAAGCUAAUUCCCAGGUCGUUUUCAUCGCAAUAUAAAUUUGCUAAGCAGACGUCCCUUACUCUAGCGCCACCACCGUCAUCACUGGCUCAUACCCGAAGCCCCAAGAAUGCAGAAAGACCACUGGAAAGUGAGACGCUGACUGUGCAGACCCUCACGGCACAUUCUGUGGAGCUUACAGAUAGCACGCUGGAGUCCCCACUACUUUCUACUGAACAUACCACUCUUCCCACUCCAUCAGAGUUUUUUCCAUUGACUGAGGAUUGUGUAUCAGAAGCUGCUGCCCUCAUUAACUGUGGGAACUCAUACACUCACACUGAAGACAUCGGUCACUGUGCUGCUACUUCUCAGGUUUCUCUCACACCUGAUGCUCUUCCUGUGCCAGACCAAGCAUCAUGUGACAUGUACAGCCCUACUCAGGAAACAAAAAUCAUUUAUGAGGAAGAAAUUACUGAUGCUGUCUGCAUAGAUGGACAUGUUGCUGCUAGCCAAACUGAAGCGCUGUCAUGGAUUUCUGAUGAUAAAGACAGUUUGAUAGCCACUGAGGAACAGGUCAGGCCCCCAGACCCAGUGGUGUCUGAAAAGUCCCAGACGUCUGAUACUAGCCAUAUACCUAUGUUACAGCAAGCUCUGCCAGAGCCUCAGAAUGGAUAUGCUGAGUUUGUGGCAAACAUAACAAAAGCCUCAGAAACAAAAACUACUGAAGUUCACAAAGCUGUUGACUGUCAGUCUCCACCAAACCCACUGAGCAACGAAGCAUGGCAUUCUAAAGUCACCCCUGCCUACUCCUUCAGUCCGUGCCAAGAAGACAAAUUUAUGGAGAGGCGACUGAGAUCUGCAUCAGAGGGCACAGCUGGAAGCAGCAGGAUACAGCUAAAACUGAAAGAAACAUUUCUGGAAGGAGUGAACAGCUUGCGAAGACAGAGAGCAGGUUCUUCUUCUUCCAAAAUGAAUAGCAUGGAUGUUUUGAAUAACCUGGGAUCCUGCGAUCUGGAAGAAGAUGACCUCAUGCUUGACUUAGAAAUUUCUGAGGAGACACACCGUCAACAGUCUGUUUGCCGUGAGGACUCAUAUAAUUCCAUAGAAUCUUGCUCAGCAGUCCUACUGUCUUCUACUGACACAAAAAGGCCAGAAGAAUCCAAAAGGCCUGAAAGCACCAAGGUCAAGAAAAGUGACAUUCUGAAUAGCAGAGAUGGAUUCCAGGAGCCUGUUUUGUACCUGGAGAGAUACGCAUUGAGGGAACAGCUAAGUAUGAUUGCAGUUUCCUGGCUGACAUUGAGAGCUCAUAACCUCAAAGUUCAGCAUUAUGCCAAUGUGAUGCAGGACAGUCAACACAGCAGUGGCCUUCACUGCUAG